AUGCUUCGGCGGGCCGAUAGCGAAGAGAGUCUUCUGACGCUCAUCUCAGCCGCUCAGCUGAGCCACAACCGUGAGUUCUCCCACGCCUCCGGCGAUGAAAGCUCCAUUUGGCUGGCUGGUUCCGAAGAAACAUAUUCCAUCGGAUCCCUUCCGCUUUUCGGAUCCCGGGUCCUGACGUACACGAGAAUCCGAGAACUUCCGAUUUUGGCCGGCACGAUGAAGCUGGAGCUUGCGUGUUUUCUCUCGACCAGCUGUGUCAGGGAAAACAAGCCUCCUUUGCUUACGUUGCAUUCGAACAAGUUCCACUUUUUGGCCAGAAACGCCCCGCUUUUGACGAUCUUCAGAGACGGCGCCGACUUCUGCAAAGUCUACUUCAAAAUCAUCUCCAACAACUUGACUUGCUAUGUGUUGAUCUUCGACCAGGGCGAGAAACUCUUCCUUUUCAACAACGCCUUGAAGCCCUGUCUGGACACGGUGUACAAGGGCACCAAGAUCCGGAUCUACGGAGCUUCGGGUGCCGCUUCAACGUACGGAAACGGCCACAUCAAGGCGUUUGCGCUUUCGGACAGUUCACCCAUAUUGGCAGAUGGGCUUAUACAGCCAGAGCCGGAUGCCACGAUCAAGGACAUCAAGAUCCGCUUUUCCGAACACAGUGCGCUUUACGAUGCUGUGACGAAGCAGCGGAAGACCCAGGUGUCCCAGAUUCUCGGCCUGGGUGAGCCUUUGGUGAAUUACCCAGUUGCCAGUUUUCUAGAUCUCGGGAAACAGAAGGUGGAUGGGAUCAAGCUCGACGGGGCCAUUCGAAUCUUUGAGACGAAUUUUGGAGAAGAUGGGGAUGUCAGUCGUGAUACGCUUGUGCUUUCGGCGAUGAUGAUGGUUUUGACCGAGCAGGAGGUCCGGAAGAUGAGAGGUAACAACAAGCCGUCCUAUGUGAGGCCUCCAGAGCACGGAGGUUGA